AUGUUGGAGAGUUCUUUGAUCCCCCUUGUGAUAUUGAAUCCGAUUAGAAGCAGUUCUGCGUGUGAAUUAGAAAAUAGAGGUCCUCAACAACCAUGGCCCGCCCCUCCCUCAGAAGCUUUGAGUGGAUUGCGCUUUCCUCAGAGUGAUAGUGAAGCGAAACCUCAAGAUGAUGAAGAGAUUUGUGAGGGUGAACCGUUUACACCGAAAAAAGAGUGGAAAACGACAUGGCCGAACUUCAAUAGAGCUCAAGAGUCUGGUGGAAAACAGUCGUUCGUGGUGCACCUGCCAAAGUUCACCACUCCGCCACCGCUGCUCGAUUCGCUAGUGUCGCCUUGCAAGUACCUGCUGCCGGCCAAUGGCGGACUCUGGCCCCGCCCCCUUCCCCCCGACCCUUCCCAACUACCAAUGCCCAAACUGUAUCUGGAUGAUAGCACCACUAUUCCAACGAGUGACAAGAAAAGCCCGGCACCUGCACCACAAGCCACUACUGCCACACUGCCAACUGAAGCUGACCUGGUGCAAGACAGCGAGGGCUCUUGCUCGGGGUCUGAGCUGAAUGUCACCGACCAGGCCAAUGUCAGCACCACUAGCACUGGCAGCAAUGUUAGACGUAAACUACGUCUGGCCGCACAUUUUCAAACUCCUUUGGAGUGAACUAUUUUUUGUACUUUUUCUACUAAGUCUACCAGAAACUUUAAGUCAAUUUUUAAUACACUUAGUUUGUAAUGGAUGUUUUCUGUACUAGAGUCCUAUUUCGAGCGAAAAUAGCAAAAUGGUUUAUAAAGUACAAUUUCCUUUUUCAAGUUUCCAUCCUAGAUAUAAAAUGUUUUCAAAAUAGUUGAUAUUGUAGUCAUAUUCUAGACUAUCAACUAUUCUGAAAACAUUUUUUGAUCGAGGUUUGCUGAACAUAGAAUGUCUAUGAUGAAAACCUUGAAAUAGGGAAUAAUAGUGUAGAGUGUAUGUACCUUAUCAACAGUCAAUCAAUGUUUUCAUCAUAAUUUAGUCUCUCUAUAUACAAUUUUUGCCAUGUUGGAUCUAUGUUUUUAGAAUAAUUAGUACCUAGUGUACUGGACAAUUAUUUGAAUUUUCUAUCAUAUUGCUAUUGUCGAUUUUAUUUUGUUCAAAGCUUGAGCCAACUGGAUAUGCAUUUUAAUCUUGCUUCUAUUGGAAAGGAUACUUAUAAUUUUUUCCUGCAUUUUAAAGUCAAGCUGAAUGGAAAACUCAUUAGAUAGUAUAUUUUGGGAUUUUUACUGCAUUUUGAGUUUGAUUUUCUUGAGCAUCGUUGGCACAAUAAUUGUAUAUAUCAAUGCUUCAGUAAUAUUAUAUUACGAUGAUGCUGAACCCUGAUGGAAGCUUAAUUGCAUAUUUCAAUUGGUAUCCUCUAUUGUACAGUAUUUCCGAUUAUCUCAAUAACAUUUCUCGCUCAGAACGCUAUCUUCAAAUAUAUGCAUUAUCUUCAGCAUGAUGACAAUGGAAAAAGGAAAUUUUUGAAGAUAGAAUUCUGAGCAAAAAAUAUGAUAAAAUAAUCGAAAAUAUAAUAUUAAAUAUAUUAAUUGAAAUAUACAAUUAAGCCUCCAUUAAAUACUAAGGAAAUCAAACGAGAAGCAUCAUCGUGGUUACAAUAUUACUUGAGCAUUGGUUUCAUAGAUUUUUAUCUUAAUUUAUCGUAAUAUUACCUUAUCAUAGAUUUAAUCAAUUCUUAUUAUAAUUUAAUCUAUCAUUAUAUUAUUUUGUUUUAAGUAACUUUCAAUUUGUUCGUUGUGAUGUGAUGAGUUUAGUAAUUUUUUCAUAAAGUUUGAUAAUUUCUCACACUAUAUUAUAUUAAUGCUGGCUAAACACAACGAAAAUAGGUUUAUUUAUUUUAUGCUUCAAUAAUAUUCAAUUAUUCAAAAGGUUUCCCUUACAUUUUUUUGUAGUUAUAUUGGAAUGUUAGUGUUUUAUAAACGUUCAAGAAAGCAAUUUCCAUAGUUUAAUCCAAGAAUUAAGUAAAUUUAAACCUUAAAACACAACUUUUAAGCUGUUGGCUUACAUAUCAUUAGAAGUAUAUUUCUUCAAACAAAUUUCUAUAUUUUAUGUAUUAAUAUGCAGCUAAACAUUUUAUUGAUCAGAAUUGUUAAGGUUUUUUCAAUUUUUAAAAAUUAAAUCUAUUAAUUACAAUUGAAACUUUAUUGCUUGAAGGCAAUAAUCAAUGUUUCUCCAUAUGUUAAACGUUAGCGAAGUCUUGAAAGAGAAUGUAGACCAUUUAAAAUGUUUUAGAUAGUCUUAUAAUUUUUUUAAUAAUAGAAAACUUCCUAAAUUUGAAAUCUAGUUUAAUUGCAGGAUACAAUUCAGUUUUUGUCAACUUCUUAAAACAUUGCGUUGUACUUGGAAUUUAUGUUUCAAUUUCUGUUGAAAUUUAUGAUGUUUUAACAUUUUAGAUUUGAAAAUUAUGUUUGAGAAAUGGAACUACCAUCAAUUUAUGCUAUUAAAACUUUCAUUUUUCUACUUUCUUUGCACAAGUAAAACAGUUUAGAAAGUAUUAUCGCUUUCCCAAAACUUUAGAUUUUCUGAUUAUCUCAAUUAUUGUUUCUUACUCCUUGAACAAUUUACUUAUUCAAUCAUUCAGAAUUUCACAUUAAUUAUGUAAAUAAUAUACGUCAUAAGUGAUUUUUGCAGAAAGACAUAAUAGAUGUACAAAAGUAAUAUACAUUGAAUCUAAUUAUUUUUAAAUCAUUGCAAGAAAUGAGAAUAGUUUAUAUACCUAUAUAUAUAUAUUUUAUACAUGUGAAUUAAUGUGUAUUGAUAUUGCCAGAAACCUGUAUGUGAAUCGAAGUGUUAGUUGUUAUAUUUUAUGUAAUGUGUUUCUCAGAUAUGUACCGUACAUCCUAUACUAGUCUUAUAUGUGGAAAUAGUAUAAUAUAAUGUAUUCCUCAAUGUAGUAGAUAAUAUUUAAGAUGUUCCUCUUACAGAUUUGUAGUCUUAUGUAAGAGAAACAGUUCCACACAUUCGUUGUCAUGCAGAUGAUUUACAGACUUUACAGUUUAUCUUACAGAUUUUUAGAUGAUUUCAAAUGAAUGCGCUAUUAAUUAUGAUUAUUUGAAAUUAAGGCAUCAAUAUCAAUGAUUGCUUGGGAUAAACAAGCAAUAACUUAGUUAAACAAGCAUAACUAGUUAACAAGCAUAACUUGGAUAAACAAGCAUAACUUAGUUUGCUCAGUUUCCAAAUCUUAAAUCAAGAAUUGAACAACCAUCCUCGGGACCUCAUAAUCAUAAAAUUCAAUCAAGAAUUGUUCACUUCUUCUUACAAUUAUUUAGAUCACUACUUAUAAAUAUUGAUAAUUAUAAAUUUCAAGAUUAAUGAUGAUCAAAAGUUGAUCGCUUAUCAAACAUAUACAGCCUUAUUCCAAAUGAUGGACCCAUUUUCAAAAAUUCAUCUUUUACUGUAGUACUUAUCCGAAAUGAACAAUCCUUAUACCAAUUGAAAGAAAAAAUUCAAAAGUUUUUUUUGCAAUAAUUACCCUAGACAGCCAGGUCGCUCACUCAGUGAGAGAGGUUUUUGACUUGAGUCAGUCAGUCGGGAAAUUUAAGUAAACCAUGAGUACUUACUUACAAAGCCCAAUGGACCUUGGCCUCCUCAACAAUUUGCCUCCAAUCAUCUUUAUCACUUGCUCGCCUCUUCCAGUUUAGCACUAUCAAGCACGCCAGAUCUCUCUCCACAUCUUGAAGCCAGUGGGCUCUGGGCGACCUCUUCUCCUAGUUCCUUCCAUUCGUCCAAUAAGCAUAUGUCUCUGUAUUGUGUUUUGCUCCAUUCGUUGUACAUGCUCCAGCCAACUAAUUCUUCUAGACUUUAUAGACCAUGAAUACAGUACUUGAUAUUUCAGGAUUACCUUUUUAAACAUUUGGAUU